ACUUAUGUCAACGUUCCGUCCAUCAGUUGAUUUGUUUUUGUUUUGGUAUUCUGUUGAUUCAACAGUGUUGAAACAUGGAAAUUGACUUUUCGUCACCAAUUUGUCGAUUGUGUCUGACCACAGAUGAUACGACACUUAGUCCGACUCAGCCGAAUGAUCAGCUAUUUACCGAUAUAUUCGAAUUGAUGCAAAUUGAGAUAGUGGAAAUUCCUGCGAUCCUAACAGUGAUCUGUGGUCCAUGUAGGUCUAAAGUGGAAAUGUUCGUCGAAUUCAAGAAGAUCUGCGUCAGUUCCAAUUACCGAUUCAUUACCAAAGAUCUGAUUAAAUUAGAAACUCCGCCAAUUGAAACGCCAGAUGAAGUGUGGCGUCCAGACUCGGACAGCCGGGACAUAAAGCCUGUUGUUGACGAAACGGAUCAAUCAACGGCGAAAGUGGAUGUGCUGAUUAACAAUAAAACAAAUAUUGACAAAUUUUCGAUGAAAAAGACCAAAUCAGAACGAGAGAUCUGCUCGUACUGCGGUAAAUUGUUCCUAUUUCUGAGUCAGCACAUCAGAUCCAUGCAUACGGGAACGAUGUCAAACCAAAAACGAUUCUCUUGUGGCCUAUGCUUUGAAAAAUUUUCAGAACGAUCCCUGCUGAAAUUACAUAUCGACAGCACUCAUGACGGAAAAAUGUACCAAUGUGAUAUCUGCGGUAAAAAGGACAAAAGUCUGGGCGGCCUCACCAGACAUAUUCGAUCCCAUUCGAAAGUCCGUCCAUACAGUUGUGAACUGUGCGGUAAACUGUUCCGAUAUUCGAAACAUUUAUUUGAACAUAAACUCCGGCACGCCAACAAUCGCCGCUUCAAAUGUGAGAUAUGUGAGAAGAGGUUCUUUACACACACCGAAAUCAGUUCGCAUAAGCUGAUUCAUGCUAGCGACCGGUCGUUUAAGUGUAAAGUGUGCGGAAAAGGUUUUAAGCGUCCAGAUCAUGUCCGGUCUCACAUGCGCAUACAUUUAAAAGACAAGAGUUUCGCUUGUAAAAUUUGCGACAAAGAAUUCAGCUUCAAGCACAACAUGGUUUUUCAUAUGAAGAAUGUUCACGGCACCAUGACCUGUAACAGUAAACAGUAAGUCAUUUUUAAACUGUAAGUGAAAUGCGCGACUGUGAUUCAAUAGUUUUUUAAAUAGAGAAGACAAAAAAAAA